UUUAAAAAUAUUUUUUAAGUGGUUGGUAAUGAAAGAGGCCAUCCAACCUAUGGUGUUAUUGGUUCCUUUGAAUAUGUGCUCUGCCGGUGAGGCUUCGGCAGCUCUGAAAGGUGGCGUCAACGGACAAUAUACGUCAUCGUAAAGAUUUCUAACGUUAGGACGAAGGCAUUGGGUGGACGUGAGUGCGGACGACUUCCUUUGUCAAUGUCCUUGCUCGAACUACUUGACCCUACAAGGGGGAUGAUGAGUUGAUGACCGGAAUGGCAAGACUUGCGAGAUUUCCAUCACGUCAUGGGCCACCCUUCACAUCAUUGUGAUUGGGCAAAACAUUGAGGCAGAUCUGGGAAGGACACUAGAAAGAUUCGCAGAUACAUCAAUAGACUGUUCUACGUUUGAAGGAGGACAAGAGUUACGGUGGCCGGAUACUCGGGUGGUACGUCAGUCAGUCGUUGUAUGAUUGGAAACUCGACGGAAGUUACCAUGGCUCGAUGAUCACGUUGUUGGUCAUGUCAUCGCUGCAAUUACAAAGGGCAAGGAUAAAAAGGUUCCUAGAUUGUUCUGCUCAGACUUUGCUCAUCUUUGGUUCCCAAAAAAAUCAAAAUGUUGUUCUUGUGAUUUAGAUUAAUCAUAGUAGGCGAUUUUGAGUUAUAACUAUUCUGAGGCACUUUGUCUUAAAUGAAAUGGGACUCUUUGAGAUGUGUCCCCAUAGCAAAAUGUUGGUACUAUACUUCUUUUUUUUUUAAUCUUUAGUCUUAUAAAAGUACUCAAAAUCUUUCUAGUAAAUAAUCGAUGUGGGAUCAAACACACUUAUACAUAUUCUUACAUACUUCCCCUAUUUAAGUUCCGAUGUUCUCGUUAGGCUCAAAGUUAAAAUUUAUUCAAAUCUACUCACAAGCACUACAAUCAGCCUCAAUAAACUCGUACUGCAAUAUUUUCUAGUCCACAUGGAUUAUGAGCUGGAUCCGCUCUGAUAUCACUUGUAAUAAUACAGGACUUCAUCCAAAAAGAUUAGUCGGAAUGUAUUUUUUGGAUUCGUUAGUUCUAUAUAAGUACCUAAUAUUUUUUCAAUGAAUUACCGAUGUAAAACUAAACACAUAUUUGCACGGAUCCUCAUAGUUUAUUAUGAGAAAUAAUACCCAACAUCUGGUAUACCACCUCAACGGCACGCCAAGUCAAUCCAUUUUCCCUGUGAUAGGAACCCUUUGGGAGGCCAAGAUCAUGAUCUCACUACUCGCGAGAUCAGGGAAAAAAAAGGACCUCCUCUCUAACCUCCUCAACUACAAUCUUACCCUCUGGGAGGUCAAGAGUGCAAUCUUGCAUGCUCGCGAGAUCUGCAAAAAAAAAAAAAGGGACCUUAUUUUUGACCACCUCGAUCACGAUCUCACUCUCCAGCGGACAAAAAUUCACUAGCCCGCUUGUGUGAGAAACUCCCAUGCCACCUAUGAGGAUGCCGACUCUCUCCACCUCGUCCUUCCGCUAAUGGAGGCCAUUGCCACCGGCUGGGGAUCACCCAUCGAGUCGUGAAGAGGGAUUCCCAUCAUAAAGCGCUCCGAUUCAAACUCAUCUCGAAUUAGUGUUCGAGAAAAAGUUGCACCAGAGAGGAUUCAAACUAAUCUUAAAUUAGUGUUCCAGCAGCAUAGUUUCCUUAUAUGUACAGCAAAUUUUGAAGUUUUAGAAUUUGAGGAACCUACUUUGGACUUCAAGAUAGGUUUAUGCCGAGCUGAUCAUGAUUUAUGCCGAGCAGAUCAUGAGCCGAGCUUCGGGUCUCAACUAUUUAAAAUUGAACAUCUUCCAUGCCCAAGCCCUGAUCAUGAUCAGCUCCAGACUUCAUGGUGAGGCUGUAAGACGCCAAAAUCUUGCAUCCAAAUCGCACCUUAUUUGUUACUACCGGUGUAGUACGAUACAAUGUUCCCUCUGGGAGACAAAUUUACUACCGCUCUGGGUCGUUACCACCUCCUCCUGACCCCGCCACCGUCCCGUCUCCUCCUUCCAUUCUCCUCCAUCUCCCAUCCCCGCCAUCCCACCGAACUCGAGUCCUCCCUCGACUUUCUUCUUCAGCAAUGCGCGACCCCUCGUCAAGCCAAGCAAAUCCACGCCCAGCUCCUCACCUCCUCCGCCUUCCACCAUCCCGACUCCGCCUACCUCUUCGCGCGGCUCGUCUCCGUCUACGGCCGCCUCGGCCUCCUCCCUGACGCCCGCUCCGUCUUCCGCGCCGCCCACGACCGCCGCUCCUCCCUCCUCUGGAACUCCAUCCUCCGCGCCAACCUCGCCCACAGCCAUUCCCUCGAAACUCUCUGCCUCUACAACGAAAUGCGUGCCCUCGGCGCCCUCCCGGACGGUUUCACCUUCCCUCUAGUUAUCAGGGCCUGCGCCGCCCUCGGCGUCCCCAGACUGUGUGGUCCUGUCCACAACCACGCUGUCUCUAUGGGCUUCCAGUGGCAUCUCCACGUUGCCAACGAACUGAUGGUGAUGUACGGCAACAUCGGGAGGAUGGACCUGGCCCGCCGAGUGUUCGACGCGAUGCCUCUCAGAAAUGUCGUCUCUUGGAACACUUUGAUUUCUGGCUACUCGCGGAAUUAUGAUUCUGAGGCAGCACACGAUGCAUUCCGAUUGAUGGAAUUCACGGGGUUUGAGCCGAACCCUGUCACAUGGACGGCACUGCUGUCGGCCCAUGCCCGGUGCCAGCGGCACGAUGAAGUUAUCGGAUUGUUUGAUAAGAUGAGGACGAAAGGAGGUAAAGCCACAGCACAAGCUGUUGCGGUGGCUCUAUCCGUUUACCCUUACGCGAGCAGCGCGUCAUUGCAGAAGGGCAAGGAGAUGCACAGCUAUGCUAUCAGGAGUGGCUUCGAAUGGUACUCUUUUGUUAAAAAUUCGCUCAUCUGCAUGUAUGGGAAGCUUGGGUAUAGAGAGGAUGCCGAGAGGCUAUUUUUGGAGACAACAGUGAAGGAUUUAGUCAGCUGGAAUGCGUUGAUUUCUAGCUAUGCGGCUGCUGGUUUGUGCGGCGAAGCUUAUGAGAUCUUCUCACGAAUGGAGAAAACCGGGGAAUUCAGACCCAACGUGGUAAGUUGGAGUGCAGUGAUUGGAGUGUUUGCAUCAGGCGGGAUGGUGGAGCAAUCGCUGGACCUCUUUCGGCAGAUGCAGCAAGCUGGUGUAGCACCCAAUUCGAUCACAGCUGCCACUGUUCUAGCUGCAUGCGCAGAGUUAUCGUCAUUGCGCUUGGGUAAAGAGAUUCAUGGCCACGCCAUUCGAGGCUUAAUGGAUCAUAAUUUGUUGGUAGCAAAUGGACUUCUCAAUAUGUACACCAAAAGUGGGAGCCUGAGAGAAGGGCAGUCGGUGUUCAAUAGAAUGGAAGACAAGGAUUUGAUCUCAUGGAACUCGAUGAUUGCUGGUUAUGGGAUACAUGGAUUCUGCGAUGAAGCUCUUGGCACAUUCAGUGACAUGGUGAGAGCUGGUUGUGAGCCGGAUGGGAUCACCUUCAUUGCCGUUCUGUCUGCGUGCAGUCGCUCAGGGCAUGUCUCUCAAGGCCGUCGCUUGUUCGUUCAGAUGGUUGACGAGUAUAAGAUCCAGCCAUGCAUGGAGCAUUACUCAUGCAUGGUGGACCUUCUUGGGCGUGCAGGAUUGCUACGAGAAGCAAGUCAGCUCAUGGAGUGUAUGCCGGUGAAGCCCAAUGCUUGUGUUUGGGGGGCCUUGCUGAACUCUUGCAGGAUAUAUGGGAACACGGCAACAGCUGAAGAUACAAUGGCACAAGUUUUGGGGCCCGAAGGGCAGGCUACAGGGAACUACAUGCUUCUUUCUAAUAUAUAUGCUGCGUGUGGGAGGUGGGAGGACUCAGCAAGGGUAAGAGUGAUGACAAAGGUGAAAGGUUUGAAGAAAAGUCCUGGGCAGAGUUGGAUUGAGGUGAAGAAUAAUGUGUAUGUGUUCUCGGCAGGAAGUUCAUUGCCACCUGGUGCAGAGGACGUUUAUGAAGUUCUCGAGGAUUUGUAUCGGCAUAUGGAGAGUGAUGAGUUUGCAUUGGACUGGCCUUUGUUGCAAUGCAAAUUGUAGUCAAGGGAGAUUGGGCAGUGGACUAAAGUCUCUGCCUACAAUUGAUGUCCAUUUUUUUUAAGGCAGAUGAGUUUUUUUGUGCUGUGGUUGGCACAUGGCAAGAGACUUCACCGUGCCAAUUAUACAAUGGUUUUCAGAAACAGGUUGGGUUCUCGCAGAAACAAAUUGGCAGAAUCCUUUUGGUGCAUUAACCAUGGGAUCAGUCAAUUUGAGAAUAAUGCUGAGUUCACUUUGGAGGCAUUGGAGAAUUCCAGCUUAAGAUUUUAUUUCAAUUCCUGGAGAAA